GAUGGAAACAGGAAACAGUCUGGCGAUGAAAUAAGCCGGUUUAUUUCCAAACUUAUAAAGUUAAAACACAGUCGAUUUGUGUAGUUUCGUGCUUGAGAAGGAAAACAUUAAUAUAAAAAAGACUAACCUUCGUUGAUUAAAAUAAUUAGCACCUUUUUCCUACCUCACGAUGCCCGCUAAUCCGGACGCGGAAAAGAACAACCCGUGCCUGCGGGAGCAGGACCUGGUGCACAAGUGUCUGAACAAAAACAACUACGACAACAGCCUGUGCGAGCUGUACUUUAGCAACUACAAAAAUUGCAAAGACUUUUGGUACCGGGUGCAGCGGGAGCGCCGUGCCAAGGGCCUGUACCCGUACCUGCCGGAUUUGGCCGACCGGGCCCGCAUCAAGCAGGAGUACAUGUCGACGAAGCCGGGCGGGGCGUGAUGUUUUCGUGGGGCGGGUUUUACGGGGUGACCAGUUUGUUGUUUCUGUUGCAAUCAAUAAAUUUAUGAUGUUUUUGUGAAAA